CACGGUACAGCAUGUUGGUAUUGAAUUCAGGUUAUGCUACACUCAUCAGGUAUAUAUUCAAAGUUGAAGUGCCUUUGCCUCUUCGUUUUGAUUAUGUUUAUAACAGGAAUAUAUUGACUCAAAACAUGGGUACGUUGCCACCUGUUCAGACACUGUGUGAUUUAGUUAUUAGUUGCUGGCAAAAUUUAUCUCUUCAAGAAACAAGCUUGCCUUGUCUUCCGACUGGCUUGAAUCAACGUGAAAGGCAAAUGCUGCAAGGUCCUGUGUGUUUGCAGAUUAAUAACAUUAUCAAUGCUGGAGAAUCAGCUUAUUCUCAAUACCAACGGAUCAAGAAGUUGGAUUCGAACUUGGAAAUUGAUUUUCAAGGAGACAGAAUGAAGUGGGAACCAUCACCUAAGCGGAUGCUAAUACUUGAACUGACAGAUGGGUAUCAAGUGAUACAAGCAAUGGAAUAUCAAAGCAUACCAUGCUUCAAUGUGAGCACUGUGGCAGGAUCAAAAGUGCGUUUGCGUGGUAAUAUUCCAUGCAGGCGAGGUAUGUUGCUGCUAACUGCAGAGAAUGUGGAGUUCAUUGGUGGCUCUGUUGAAAAUCUUGUGACAGAAAAUCGGCAAGAUAAAGUAUUAGCAAGAGCCUUAUGCAUUGACUGUCCACAAGAGGAGAACGCUGUUCAUGAUGGCAUUGCUGGUACUUCUGACUUUCAUGAUGGCGACUUUGGAGACUUACUUGAUGAUUUAAAUGAUGAUGAUUUAGCUGAAGUAGAUCUAGAACAAUACCAUUAAGCUGUAGUCAGACAAUGUUGCAUGUAUUUAUAUGGUAUGCAUAUACCACACCAUA